AUGGCUUCUUAUGUAAUACCAUAUAUGGGACUACUUGGAUAUGUGGGCACAAAUCCCAACAUCAACGGUUGUGUUACAAAGCGACUUUUGGCAGGACUAUUGGGAGUAGAAUCUGGACAGGAUGCAUACAUUAGAGGAUAUCUUUAUGAGCGCUCCAAAGAAGUUGUGCACCCAUACAAUCACACAGUAGCUGAUUUCACAAUCCAAGUUUCAAACUUGAGAAACCGGUUGGCAAUGUGUGGAAUCAAAGACGAAGGCGUCGUUGUACCACCACAACUCGGGGCAGAGAAUCGGACAGAAAGCAACUUAUUAUCUGCCGAUUAUAACUCCCUCUCCUACGGGAGGACUCCGGCAGAAAUUCUCAAAGUUUUGUACAGUACCGGUGAUGAGCACAUUCCCGGUGGAUUCUUUCCGGAGGGAGCCAAUGGAAAAAUAGCCCGGGAACUUCUCGAAGAGCCAUAG